AUGCAGUCUUAUCUGCAAUAUCGUCAAUUUGGAAAUGUCGCUCGAAAACGGCUAGUAUCAACAUCAAAUUCCAGGCAGUAUGGCCCAUCACCCACUCUAGAUGGACGCCAGAGUCCAGUGGGCAGAUCGGAAGAAACCGAAGUUGGAUCUCCGACAACAGAACAGAAAUUCGACUCGGAAGCUCUAACUACGACUAACUCUCACGACCAGCCGGGUGAGUCUGCGGCUAAAAAGGAGAUUGAUUUAUCAGAUCAGCCUGAUGGCCUUAUUCUCGUUGAUUGGGACGACGCGUAUGAUCCUCAGAUGCCUAAGAACUACAGCUACUCUAAAAGACUUAUGGCUACCAUAAACGUUUCGCUUUUGGGAUGGGUUGUUGGUGCUGCUUCUUCUAUCAACUCAGGCGUUUCAGCUCAGACUGUAGAGGCCUACCACGUCAGCAAUGUGGUAGGAGCCUUAGUGACUGGGCUCUACCUGCUCGGCUUCGCAGCUGGCUCACUCGUCAGUGGGCCGUUGUCUGAGAUCCUUGGCCGCAACUUCGUGUACGUUGGCUCCCUGUCUCUAUUUAUGAUAUUUGUCAUGGCCACAGCACUGGCACCAAACAUCGGUGCCCAACUAGCAUUCCGCUUCUUGACUGGCGUCUUCGGCUGCCCGCCACUAACAUGUGCCGGAGGCACAAUAGCCGAUCUAUGGAAUCCACUCGAGAAAACGCUCUACUUCCCAAUGUAUUCCGUCAUCUCAUUCGGUGGCCCUGUGCUAGGUCCAGUCGUCGCAAGUUACAUUGGCCAAACUGGUGGUCUGUCCUGGCGCUGGACGUCCUGGCUCAUCCUCAUCGUAUCCGGCGCAGUUCUCAUCUUACUACUCCUAUUCCAACCAGAGACAUACUCGCCGCUCCUCCUAAAAUGGAAGGGUCAACAAUUUCGCAAAAUUACCGGUGACUCAAGAUACCGCUCGGAAAUGGACACUGAGAAAAUCGCCCUGUUCCACCGUAUUGGCGGCGCGAUGAAGCGCCAGAUAAUGAUCACAAUACACGAGCCUAUCAUUUUGCUCAUCUCGCUGUACAUGACUAUCUUAUACAUCGUUCUAUUCACUUUUUUCGACGGCUACACCUUCAUCUUUAGGGACACGUAUGGCAUGUCUCAGGGUCUGACAAAUAUCAUCUGGGUCGCUAUGUUCGUCGGCAUAGUCCUAGCCACACUAGUCAUAAUACCAAACUACUACAUCACGAAGAAGAAAUUCACUCAAGCAGCAAUGGAAGCCAAAGGCGCCGACCCGGCAACUGACUCCCACGCCCUCGACGGCGUACACACAGCACCCGAGAUCAGACUUUUGUUUGCCAUGAUCGGCGCGCCAUUCAUUCCAAUAAGUCUCUUCUGGAUGGGCUGGACAGACUACGCCUCUAUAUCAGUGUGGUCGCCCAUCGUUGCAUCGAUGUGUUUUGGCUUCGGAACUAUUUGCAUCUUUAUCAGCUCUUACAUGUACGUUAUUGACUCUUAUGAGAUCUAUGCUGCUUCUGCGCUUGGUUUCAUGACUGUGUCUCGGUAUUGCGCUGCUGGUAUCAUGGCUAUUGUUGGCAUUCCAUUUUAUCAGAAUGUUGGUGUUCAUUACACUUUGACUAUUCUGGGAUGUAUCAGUGCUGUUAUGGUUCCUGUGCCGUAUGUUUUCUAUAAAUAUGGCCCUGUUAUUCGGAGAUGGAGUCGAUAUGCUAUGACUGAGGAUGUCAAGGUCUGA